AAUAUCGAAGACGUGUUAAUGCAUUUAACCAAAGUAUAGAAAAAGAACAAACUAAAUUAGAAAAUAUUAAAAGAGAUAAAACACCUGAAUUGGACGAUAUUAAAAGGGAUAAAACACCUAAAUUAGACGAUAUUAAAAGGGAUCAAGCAUUCGAAAAAGCAGAUAACGAACGCUUAGAUAG